AUGGAUACAUUAAGAGUAAUUAUGGAAUAUGAGUACCGUUGUGGCAGCAACGCGGCACAAGCGGCACGCAACAUCAACGAUGUUUACGGAGCUAACACUACAAACGAAUGCACCACCUGUUAUUGGUUUGCUCGCUUCCGUUCUGGAAAUUUGGACAUGAAAAAUGAACGUCGCGGUCGUCCGAAGACUUUGGUCGACAAUGACGAAUUAAAGGCGAUUGUGGAAGCUGAUGAUACACAAUUUAUGGCUGAAUUAGCAGCAGAUUUCGACGUUAGCAUAAAAACAAUAUUGGUCCAUUUGCGUCAAAUUGACAAGGUAAAAAAGCUUGCCAAAUGGGUGCCCCACGAACUCAAUGAUUGCCAGCGCGAAGUACGCGUCGAGACGUGCAUUGCUCAACAGACACACAAAUGA